AAAAAUUCUCCAGGUAAGCUAAAUAAGGUAGAUUUUAAUUUCGAAUUCCAAAGCUUCUUUCUUUUAAUAAACACAUACACACACACGCACACGUAAGUCAACCCCCAUACCCGCUACGGGCCUGCCCCUGGCCUGUAACGCUCCUUACGGUCCGUAGAAUGUCUUCUCUACCAUCUGCUCCCGCUGCUUCAGCAGCACCAGCACCAGCCCCAGCUGCAGCUCCAGCUUCAGCACCACCACCACCACCACCACCACCACCACCACCAGCACCAGCAGCAGCAACAGCAGCAAUAGCAGCAGCACCAGCAGCAGUAGCACCAGCAGCAGCACCAGCACCAGCACCUGCCCUGCCUGCCCUGCCUGCCCUGCCUGCCCUGCCUGCCCGCCCAACCCGCGCCAUAACGGCGCUCUCUUUGCUGGCUCCGCUGCGGGUGCCUGUUUUGCGGCCCGGCCGCACCACCAACCCCGCCCGGCCUGCCAACCUGGAGGCUGAGCUUGGCCAAUUCGUUAGUCAAGUUCAUGCCGCCGGGUGCACACAUUGUGCUGGCGGGUCGGGUGUGUGGACGGUAUGUGUGGUCGUGGCUGGUUAGUUUAGAGGAAGCUAUGCCAACUGCUAUUAUGGCAGUGAGGAUGCCCGUUAUUCUUUCCGCGCCGCCGCCGCUCCCCCUCCCCCUCCAGCUCUAGCUCCAGCUCCUGCCCCUGCUA